AUGGCAGGAGCCCGCGAGAAGCGACGCACGGCCUGUCUUCUGCGUGGCGAGACAACGACGUGGAAGGCCAUCUGGAGGGAGCUAAAAGCGAGUGGGUGGACACACAAACUGCCCCCCGCUAGCUCGAUCGAGACACGGCGGGAGCGCGGCUGGCACAGAUGCAAGGACUACUUCUUGGGCGAGGACCGCGUUCUCGCCCACUACGCCCGUGUCCAUUCGAAGGAAGGCGCUCAAGCGCUGAGUGCAUUAUCCGUUGCAAAAGGCGUCACCUCCCCGCGAAACAGCAGGUCAAGCGGCGACUUCGCUUCCGGACACUGCGGGCGAAACAGCGACUCCGCCUCCGGAUGCGGCAAGCGAUGCGGCAAGCCCUGCUUUGACGACUCUUGCGUCGGCGGCGGCAAGCCAAGGAACUCCAGCCCCAUGACAGCGAAGUGCACCUGCGAAAUGUCCGCGGGAGUACUUCGACCAAGACGCUCCGCGGAUGCUUCACCUCCCGACACUUCUCUGUUUGGCUCAUUGGACGAGGAAAAUGGCGCUGUGGACAACACCGCAGACAGCGAUUACGAUGCAGCCGCCGAUCAGUCUGAGGUCUGCAGUGUAAUGUCAAGUGAUUCAGAAGAUGACCUGAACCAGGUCGAAGACGACGACGACCCAGACGACUUCGGCGGCCUUGAUUCCGGUGAUGAGCCUAUGGAAGACGAUUUCGUCGAUGAAGAUGAAUCGGAUGUUGAAGAACGCGGCUGCAACGACCCAGCGGAGGAAGACGAAGUUGAAGAUGAAGACCCCAACUCCCUUGCAGCUAUUUCCGAACGCCAUUUUGCAGAGAAGUUUCUCGAGUCGCUGGGUGGAGCUGAGAAGGUGCUGGCUGGUGACAUUGUGGGCAAGGACCUGGAGAAUCUACGAGCACACGCCACAUCAGGAUGGUCCGAGCCGAUCAACCCGGACGUGUACGAGCACCUCCAAGCCCGUACGAGCCUGUUGAUGACGAAAAUAGCUACCCAGACUUGA